AUGAACAAGUCAAGAAGACCGGAGGCGGGAAAAGACGCAGGCGCCGCAGACCUUGGCGCAGUAGACUGCAAAGACCAACCAGACGAUGGCUCAACUGGAGAAUUUGACGGUACUGACAGAUUCCCGCAUUCAGCGGCAAUGAUGGACGCCUUCAAACGUAUAUUCGGCCUUCGCACCUUCCGUAGAAACCAGCUACAGGCCAUAAAUGCUGCAUUGCUGGGGAAGGAUUGUUUCGUCAUCAUGCCCACGGGAGGUGGUAAGAGUCUGUGCUACCAACUUCCGGCCGUUGUGCAGUCGGGUCUCACGAUUAUCGUUUCCCCCCUAAAGGCGCUCAUUCUGGACCAAGUCACCAAACUACAAUCUCUCGGUGUCCGCGCUGCCAGUAUGUCCGGGGACGUCUCCCAGUCUGAAAUGAAUCGCAUCUACACCCUCAUCCAUUCUCAGCCCAUGCAGUUAAAUCUUCUUUUCCUCACACCGGAGAAGGUACUCAUUUUUCUGUCCUUUAAUAAUCCGAAGUUUGCGCUGAUGAGCCUACAGAUUCACCAUUGUGGAAACCUAGUUUAA